AUGAAGAACAAAUCAAUGGAAAUAGAGUUUAUUCUCAUAGGACUGACAGAUGACCCACAAUUGCAAACUGUGAUUUUCCUGUUUUUAUUUCUCAACUACACAUUAAGCCUGAUGGGGAACUGCAUCAUCAUCCUCCUCACCCUGCUGGAUCCCCGCCUUAAGACUCCAAUGUAUUUCUUUCUCCGUAAUUUCUCCUUUUUGGAAAUCAUAUUCACAACUGUGUGUAUUCCCAGAUUCUUGAUAACCAUUGUGACUAAAGACAAAACUAUUUCUUAUAAUAAUUGUGCAGCUCAAUUAUUUUUUAUCCUUUUACUGGGAGUUACAGAGUUUUACCUCCUGGCUGCCAUGUCCUAUGACCGCUAUGUUGCCAUCUGCAAACCGCUGCAUUACCCAAUCAUCAUGAACAGCAAAGUGUGCUACCAACUUGUGCUCAGCUCCUGGGUAGCUGGAUUCCUCAUCAUCUUCCCUCCAUUGGUCAUGGGACUCAAGCUGGAUUUCUGUGCUUCCAAAACUAUUGAUCACUUUAUGUGUGAAACUUCUCCUAUCUUACAGAUCUCUUGCACAGAUACACACAUCCUAGAAUUAAUGUCUUUUAUCUUAGCUAUGAUGACACUUGUGGUCACAUUGGUAUUAGUAAUUCUCUCUUAUUCUUGUAUUAUUAAAACCAUUCUGAAAUUUCCCUCUGCACAGCAAAGGACCAAAGCUUUUUCUACCUGUACUUCCCACAUGAUUGUUGUCUCUAUGACUUAUGGUAGCUGUAUCUUUAUGUAUAUUAAACCAUCUGCAAAAGAAAGAGUGACUGUAUCCAAAGGUGUAGCUUUGCUAUAUACCUCAAUUGCCCCUUUACUAAAUCCCUUCAUUUAUACUUUAAGGAACCAGCAGGUGAAAGAAGUCUUCCAAGAUGUAUUACAAAAGAUUUUGUGUUUUUCAAAGAAAACAUUUUAA